AUGACAACAGAGACAACUUCGGAUUCAAUUAUCUUACUAUAUUUUAUACAUGGGUGCGAUGGUGGAGCAGGACAUCAAAAAGCUAGCGAUGGUGGAGCAAGACAUGAAAAAGCUAGCGAUGGUGGAGCAAGACAUGAAAAAGCUAGCGAUGGUGGAGCAGGACAUCAAAAAGCUAGCAAUGGUGGAGGAAGGCAUGAAAAAACUAGCGAUAGUGGAGCAGACUCAAAUCAUGAAAAGACUGAUCAAACCCUUUUGCAAAUGUCGGUUGGAAACGAUCCUUUACAUCAGGAUGGUUAUUUCUACCAGAAGAAAGACUUACAGCCAGACAACAGGAGAAAGUCCAACAAAAAAGACAGACAGAAGAAAAACACAGAAAUCACUCAAGCAGAAGAGAAAAUGAUGACUGUUGUUUUUAUUGCAAUGUUGUCGAAGAAUUUUCAGAAAGAUUAUAACGAGGAGACAAAGAUUGUUAUUCUAGGACAAGCACCAAUUUUCAGUAAAUGGGAUGAAGGAUUUGGAGAGCCUGUUACAGUAGAAAGAAAUGAACAAAAGCAAAUUUUUCUUCGUUGUGAACUUAAAGUUCCUUUAAAAUUCUGUAAUUAUAAAUGUGCCUACAAAUAUGUCUUGGUCAAAAGCAAGAACAAAGAGAAGAGCUUGAUGUAUGAAUGUUUAGUGGAGGUGGAGUCCAAUAUUGCUUUGAACUACGGUUAUAUCGAUCGGUGCCUUGAUAUUCCCAAUGAAUAUGCUGUACAAAACAAAAUAUUCUACAAAUACGAUGGAUUUGUGUACAAAAACCUUGGAAGAGACAUUUUCGUCCGUCACGAACAUACUAUUAAAGACAGGGAACAAUUUUUUCAACUGCACUUUCCGCUUUGGAAAGGAUUUUUUGAUGUUUCUUAUGAUGAUAAACUGAAAGCGGUCGAAUCUUUGGAAAGACUUCAUCUUUUGCAUCUAAGUCAGGGUGUUCCCGAAAUUCUUACGUCUUAUGAAGGAUAUUCGUCGUAUAAAAAAGUGGAUUUGCGGAAACUGGAUCUUGGAAAGAUUUAUGUUCAAAUAUUGAUGCAGAAAAUAAAAAACAAUCUUAGGAUUAUGGAAAGUAAAGAUGGCCUACAGAAUAAAGUUGAUGGGCUGAUUUCCAGUACUGUUAUUGUUUACGUAUUUGUGAAGUACAAUGUCCAACUUAGUCAUGACGACGUCGUAAUGGUGUUCAAAUGUCUCAAGAUUCCACCUGAUAAAAAUUUAUGCGAUAAACUGACUGAAAGCAUUCGUAAUUUUAAGGAAAUAAUGUCGAGCUCCUUCAUCGACAAUUUUAUCAAGUUUUACGAAAAACAAAUGACAGUGAUACCUUUGGUUCUCUGGCUUAAUGCGCUGCCUUUGGUGCACUUUUUACGAGGAGACUGCAAACCGUUUGAACAUGUAGAUUCUACGAAAGCCCUAGAUAUUUCAAGCUGGAAAUGGUGGGGGAUGAAAGACUUUCCAUGCCGAAAUUUACAGGGUUUUGCAGAAAGAGAGGCAUUGGAAGUUUUGGAAAAUUUGAAGAAAAUUUUUGAAAUGGAUCCUUUGAUCAAACGUUUAUUUCUUUUGCUCUGUCCUCUGGAAAUAUACCAUGAACUUUUAAAAACUGGAUUGUUUACUUUCCUGGAGUUAUGUUUCACAAUGCGAAAGCUUAUUUCUGAUCGAUCUCUUUCAUCUGGAAACAUAAUCGAGAUUCUUGUCAAUUUUUUGGAAGAAAUGAACAAAACCUUAAUUCAUGUGUGCAAUCUUCAUAAACAAGAUACAUCAUAG